GGUGCAAACACUGUUUCCUCACAGUGAAAGCAAAAGCAGCAGCUCAAACAGGUCCUUUGGAGAACAAUGGGGAACUCAGCUCCUUCAAAAGAAGAGACCCCUGGUAGUGACAUGGCGGACCCUCAGGACAACACUCUGAGGAUUAUUCUGGUGGGGAAAACUGGAAGUGGGAAGAGCGCAACGGCCAACACCAUCCUGGGGAGUAGAGUCUUUGAGUCUAGAGUUGCUCCCCAUGCUGUCUUCUCCAGGUGUCAAAAAGCAUCCAAGGAAUGGAAGGGGAGGAAACUUGUUGUUGUUGACACCCCAGGGCUCUUUGACAACAAGGAGACCCUGUAUACCACACGGGGGGAAUACAGCCAGUGUGUCCUCUACUCCUGUCCUGGGCCCCACGCCAUCAUCUUGGUCCUCCAGGUUGGCCGCUACACGUUUGAAGAGCAGGAGACCGUGGCAUUGAUCAAGACUGUCUUUGGGAAGCCAGCCUUGAAGCACAUGAUCGUGUUGUUCACUCACAAAGAUAUCUUGGAGGAGAAGAGCCUGAGUGACUUCUUGGCAGAUUCAGAUGUGAAGCUAAGAAACAUCAUCAGCGAGUGUGGGAACCGCUACUGUGCCUUCAACAACAGAGCCUCAGAGGCAGAGAAGGAAGCUCAGGUGCAGGAGCUGGUGGAGCUGAUAGAGGAGAUGGUGCAGAACAAUGGAGGGGCUUACUUUACCAAUGCCAUUUAUGAGGACACAGAGAAGAGGCUGAAGCAACGGGAAGAAAACCUGAAGAAGAUCUACACCGAUCAAUUAAAUAAUGAAAUUAAACUAGUAGAAAAGGAAUAUGCUCAUAAAUCACAGGAAGAACGGGAGGAAAAAAUAAAAUUGCUAAAGAUGAAGUAUGCUGAACAAAUAAAAAAUAUCAGGGAAGAAGCUGAGAAGGGAUUAUUUAGAGAUGGUUCCAAUGGGAUUAUUAGCUUGCUUUCAAAAAUAUGGCAGAUGUUUUGGUAUUGCACACAGGAGGACUUUGAUGGAGAGGAGAUUCCAGUAGAGAAGAACCCCAAGAUCUUGCGGAUCCUAAUUCCUGUAACUGAGAGUUCUGGGAGCGCAGCAGUCACUUAUGGGAGGGGACCCUGGGGCAACAGAGGAGGGAUGUGUGUGAGGGGAAAUGGGGGGCCAUGCAGGAGAAGCAGCUGGAUUACCAUCCUAAUGCUGUGGCUUUUGUUUCCUGAUGUCCCAGGGCUUAGAAACCAAGAUGGCAGAGAUUCACAGCUGAGACUGGUCUUAGUGGGUAAGACUGGAGGAGGGAAAAGUGCCACAGGCAACAGCAUCCUUGGAGAGAAAGUGUUUCAUUCCAGCAUUGCGGCAACAUCUGCCACCAAGACCUGUAAGAAACGGAAGAGCAGGUGGCAGGGAAGAGAAAUUGUGGUCGUGGAUACGCCUGGCAUUUUCGACACCGAGGCACAGGAUGCUGACACCUGCAAGGAGAUUUCUCACUGCAUCUUCCUGACCUCCCCAGGGCCUCAUGCUCUGCUCCUGGUGGUCUUGCUGGGCCGGUACACGCAGGAAGAGCGAAAGGCCACGGAGAAGAUCCUGCAAAUAUUUGGACUCAGAGCUAGGAGAUACAUGAUUCUCUUAUUCACCCGGAAAGAUGACUUGGAUGGCAUCAAUUUCCAUGAUUACUUACAGAAAGCACCCAAAGAUAUUCUAGAGUUGGUGGGCAAGUUUGGUGAUCGCUACUGCAUGUUCAACAAUCAGGCGACAGGAGCUGAGCAGGAGGCCCAGAGAAAUCAGCUGCUUGCCCUGGUCCAGCGCAUUGUCGCUGAGAAUGAAGGAAGAUGCUACACUAAUAAGAUAUACAGAAUCCCUUACACUCCACAAAGAUAGACUCCUGGUAGUGACAUGGCAGCCCCUCAGGACAACACUCUGAGGAUUAUUCUGGUGGGGAAAACUGGAAGUGGGAAGAGCACGGCCAACACGAUCCUGGGGAGUAGAGUCUUUGAGUCUAGAGUUGCUCCCCAUGCUGUCUUAUCCAGGUGUCAAAAAGCAUCCAAGGAAUGGAAGGAGAGGAAACUUGUUGUUGUUGACACCCCAGGACUCUUUGACCACAAGGAGACCCUGUAUACCACAUGCGGGGAAUUCAUCCAAUGUGUCCUCUACUCCUGUCCUGGGCCCCACGCCAUCAUCUUGGUCCUCCAGGUUGGCCGCUACACGUUUGAAGAGCAGAAGACCGUGGCAUUGAUCAAGUAUGUCUUUGGGAAGCCAGCCUCGAAGCACGUGAUCCUGUUGCUCACUCGCAAAGAUAACUUGGAGGAGAAGAGCCUGAGUGACUUCUUGGCAGAUUCAGAUGUGAAGCUAAGAAACAUCAUCAGCGAGUGUGGGAACCGCUACUGUGCCUUCAACAACAGAGCUUCAGAGGCGGAGAAGGAAGCUCAGGUGCAGGAGCUGGUGGAGCUGAUAGAGGAGAUGGUGCAGAACAAUGGAGGGGCUUACUUUACCAAUGCCAUUUAUGAGGACACAGAGAAGAGGCUGAAGCAACGGGAAGAAAACCUGAAGAAGAUCUACACCGAUCAAUUAAAAAAUGAAAUUAAACUAGUAGAAAAGGAAUAUGCUCAUAAAUCACAGGAAGAACGGGAGGAAAAAAUAAAAUUGCUAAAGAUGAAGUAUGCUGAACAAAUAAAAAAUAUCAGGGAAGAAGCUGAGAAGGGAUUAUUUAGAGAUGGUUCCAAUGGGAUUAUUAGCUUGCUUUCAAAAAUAUGGCAGAUGUUUUGGUAGUAAAGACCAUUUCGUUUUUUCUUCUGAAUUUACGAUGAUUUGCCAUAGUGGUAGACUGUAGUUUCCAUAGAGAGCUGUGACAGUAGCUUCUACUUAUUCUUCCUAUAAGCUGACCCUGUUACUCCUGCCACUGAGUUGUGGGGCCAGUGUCGUCUACCU